CGGUCGUUGAUGACGUCAGCGGAAGUGAAACUGUCUUCUGUAAAGCACGCAGCGCAGAGGGUCACAUUGGACAUCUUUAAAUGUUUUGUAAUAUUAUAUCGACUCAUGUUUGAUAAUUAAUACAUUUCAGACAGUAUCAGAAGUUUAAAUGGAUUCGGCUAAAGAAGAAGAGCCUCAUUUGAGACAUGUGGAGACAGACGUGCUGAUCCCGAAGAUGAUGCGUGAGAAAGCCAGAGAGAGAUGCAUCCAGCACGUUGAUGCAUUCAACCACUGCUGCAAAGACGCUGGAUUCUUCAUGGUGUUCAAAUGUCGUGAAGAAAACGCCGUGCUAAAAGACUGCCUGACGCGACACUACAAGGAUCCUGCAUUCUUUGAGGAGUGUAAACAGGAGUAUAUUAAAGAGAAACUGGAAUAUGAGCGGACUGGGAUUCCAGCAAAGAACAGGAAACAGAAGCUGCCCACCAGCAUGUAGAUGGACGUGGUGUUCAGGACAGAUGUACAACAGGAAGUUGUGCUGCUCUCGACUGAUGAAAGUCAUUCUGGCCGAUUGACAGACAGUCUGUGUCUUUGACAGCCGUUCUCUGUAUCUGUUUAUAUUCAUGAUUAGCUCAUAUAAAUCAUCACUGGCACAUAAACCUAAUCAAAAUUCAUAGAGAAUGUUUUGAAUCACAGAUAGAUGUGCGUUUCGUUCCACCCGACCCGACUCCGGGGAAUUACUGCCACAUAAUGUAAAAACAAAUGAUGUUUGGUUUUUGUUUUAAAAUACAACUUCAAAGUUACUUGGCAUGUUGGUUGUUUGGAUUUUUAAUGAUUUCGUGUGUCAAAAAUAAAUAAAUAAAUUCAACAAAACGUGUAUUAUUAGUUAGUGUAUAAGUAAUACUACUAUAUAUAUGAUGGACCCAUAUAUGUGUACAUAAUUGCAGUGUAUAAAAAACUCAAACAGUGACGUUCAAAAGUGGUUUUAAAAACAUCUUUGUCUUUAUGGGAUUUGUGGAUUAUACUGAUGCUGCUGAUGUUGCUACCUGCAUACAUAUAUUAUGUUUAUGUGAUAGCGGGGGAUUUUAAGAGGAACACUGGGCCAGUCUGAAUUUAUAUUAAUUGUUAAAGGUGUUACAUUGUGUAUACAAGUAGCGAAAGAGCAUGAAAACCCAUAUUCAACCUUUACGGGUUCAUUAACAUUAUAGCAGACUACUAGAGUGAUUUUGUGCUGUAAUGCCAUAAUUUCUACUUGUUUGAAUCUUUAAUUAGGUAAUAAAAAUGUUUACAUUAUCAAAUAUUUA